CCACCCAUAUAUAAGUGGACACCAUCACCCGUCCACCAUCAUUCACUCCACAUCCUCCACACGCUCCUCAUCUCCUCUCAUUCAGCGUAAACAUGUGGACCAAGGCGGCCCUAAUGAUGAUGAUGAUGGUGGGCGUGGCUCUCGCUGCCCCCUCCAACUCUUACGCCCCACCCACACACCAGCCCACUUACGCCCCACAGCAGCCUACCUACGCCCCACACCAGCCCACCUACAAGGAGGAGCUCAUGCCGUACCAGUUUGAGUACGGUGUGAAGGACGAGUACUCCGGCACUGACUUCGGCCAGAACGAAGUAUCUGACGGCAAGGCUGUAACAGGCUCCUACACCGUCCAACUCCCCGACGGUCGUAAGCAGACGGUGACCUACGUGGCGGACCACUACGGCGGCUACCGGGCUGAGGUUGAGUACUACGGCGAGGCUCAGUACCCCCACGAGUACGGCCCCCCCGUCACCUUCAAGCCCCAGUCUUAUGGCCACCCCCAGCCCUCAUACCAGCCCCAACCCUCAUACCAGCCCCAGCCUUCAUACACACCCGCGCCAUCAUACCAUUAGAUUAUCCUAGACCAAAUCACGACGUUGAACACAGCUAACGACCAACACCCUUAAGUGUUUUCCCAUGCUUAGUAUCCUGUAUAAAUUAUGAAUACAUAUUAAAGGAAAAAAAUACA